CACAAUAUUUGUCUUUUUCACAUACCUCCUUUCGAGGAAUCAUUUGGUUUGACAGACUUGAAAUCUUUGGCCAGAUUGCUGCUGAGAUCUGGAAACUGAGGGUGGGAAUGGAGAAGGAAGAUGGAUGAGUGAGUGGGGCCACCAUGGACUGGGGAAGGCUGAGGAGCAUCAUAGGGUGGCCCCUUUGGAUACCCAGAGCAUGGCAGGAGGGUAUGAGGUACUCCUUGGAGGCUAGACAGGGAGCUACUACCCAGGGAGGAAAAGGCAGAAACAGAAUGAGAGACCCCACCUGCUGUGAAUCCCUUCCAAGGGCCCUGACAGCUGCAACUGUCAAGGGCAUUACUCAAAAUCAUCCUGUCAGCCAAGGGCUGGUUCUUGGCAGCCUCUCUGCCUCCUGGGGGUAUCUUACACAAUCUCCUGCCCUCCCCACCAGAUCUGCCAAAAGUGUUUUACCUUUUCAUCACCAAUGAAUACCUUUCUUAACAAAAUGAGGUGCCACAUGGAAGUGACAUACGGUAAAUGAUUUUUGAAGAGAGAUACUUAUAAUUUUUUUUUAAUUUCCCUUAAAUAAUGAAAUAAAAUGAAGUAGGAACAAGAAAAAAUUGUACUUACUUCAAGGAACCAUUUGCUUUGGUUAAACUUUUGCGGUUUCAAAAUUUUGUAGUUUCCUGUUCACCCUGAGCUCUCCUGUCACUGAAGGGAACACUGGUCGUCCAGCCAUUCACACUUGCGACCAUGAAGUCUAAACAUUGCUUUCUAGGCUUCCUCAUAAAUUUCCUCCUGACUGAUGUAGUAGAAACACAGCCAGCCCAGGAAUCUCUGAAGCCCCAGAGGGUACAUUUUCAAUCCCGGAAUUUUCACAAUAUUUUGCGCUGGCAGCCUGGAAAGGUGCUUACAGGCCACCACAAUAUCUAUUUUGUGCAGUACAAAAUGUAUGGACAGAGACAAUGGACAAAUAAAGAGGACUGCUGGGGUAUUCAAGAACUCUCUUGUGACCUUACCAAUGAAACCUUGGACAUACAAGAACCUUAUUACGGGAGGGUGAGAGCAGCCGUGGCUGAGAUCCACUCCAGCUGGAGCAUGACUCCGCGGUUCACUCCGUGGUUGGAAACUAAAAUAGAUCCUCCGGUCUUGAAUAUAACACAAGUUGAUAGAUCUUUGUUGGUGAGUCUUUGUGCUCCGAAUUUACCAUACAGAGACCAAAAAGGGAAAAAUACAUCUAUGGAAAAUUACUAUGAAUUAGUAUAUCGAGUGUUUAUAAUUAACAAUUCACUAGAAAAGGAGCAAAAGAUAUAUGAAGGAGCUCACAGAGUUGUUGAAAUUGAAGCCCUAAAACCUUGCUCUGGGUACUGCAUAAUGGCUGAAAUAUAUCAGCCCAUGUUAGACAGAGGAAGUCCGAGAAGUCAAGAAAUAUGCAUGGAAAUUCUGUGAAGUGGUAUUAAGUGCUCCCCAACGUGUCAACCGAGAGCUGUCUGAGAACUGGAGGGCUUUUUUUCUGAAGGGUCUUAUUUGAAGUUGUUUUUGUUUUUUCAUAAAACAUUGUUUACUGUUACACGUAGGGGACUUCUUUGUUUAUCCAUCCUUUCUUCCUUUAUCUUUCAUUUGUAAAUUCUAUUUAAACAAACCCCCCCCAAAAGCAUUAGAAUUUAAAGAAGAGUUAGAGAAUAAAUACACAGAACUCUCUAACAUACAAAACUUUAUUCCUGAAUCCCUAACAAUAAUCUUUCUUCUAAAACAGUAAAAUAAAAAUGUAAGAACAAGGAAUAGUAGGCAUUUAAUAAAAUGUUGUUGAAUUAAUGAAAAACAAAUAUAUAUAUAUAAAAAAUAGCAUUGCAUAUUGAAACUACCCAGAAGCAAUCUUUUUCUACUCUUUAUUGAACCAGCUAAUUUGACAUAGAUAUACCCAUUUAGUUUAUUGAAUGAAUAUUUUCCAUACAUUUCUAUUUUUAUGAAUAUGCUUUUACUUACAUUUGUUUUCUAUUAUAAAAUACUUCUACUAAUGAACAAAAAUCUUGUUUUUAAUUCUAUUCUUGCAUUUAAUUCUUAUGAAAUAAGAGUAGUAUUUGAGAUAAAAUUCUCAUAAUCUCUGGAUUAAUAUCUGGAUUGGGACUGACAACAAUAUCAGAAAUACAGAAAGUAGCCCACUCAAUAUAAUUUCCAUUCAUUUAACACAUACUCAUAUUGUUGGGUUUUUUUUCUGGUUUUUGUUUUUGUUUUGUUUUGUUUUUAAUAUUGCCUUAGAAGAAUUUAUCCUUAUUUUCAAAAUCAGUUAUAACAUUUUUCAGCAAAGAAGAAGAAAAGAAACCUUAACUCCAAAUCUAUGUCACGCCCCUACUCUGCCCUUCUGGCAAAUGGCCACUUGCCGGUGGCAACUUCAUAAUACCUAUAAACAAGGAGCCUAAUGACAGUCUGAUUGGUGACAUGAGGGAGGGGUGCGGACCAGGCAGAGAACUUGGCUUCAAGCUAAAGGCACACAGCCAAAUGGGAGGUUUAUUUGAGAGAGGGACUGGUUUGGGCAGAUGCUGAUGGAGAUUAUAGGGCUGAUUAAAGCCCUCUGAACCACUCCCCGGCAACUACCCUGCCUUUCCUGAAUAAUGACCCAGUGAUGCUAAGACUCUAUGUAGUCAACAGAAUUCAUUUCAUUGCUCUCCCAUAUUGUCAGAGAAAAUAAAUUUCAGCAUAGACCUAAAGAUUGAAAAAAGUCACUUUUACAUAUGUCUUCAAACUACGGGUCUUUUUUUUCCCUCCCCCCUUGCUACCAUUUUUGCCUUUUGUCUUGGUUUUUUUCCUUUUUUUUUUUUUGGCGGGGGCGGGGAGUGAAUUAAGAGCAAUGGGGUGGCUGGAGUGAGGUAGGUGUAUAGCCAGGAGCAUAUACAUUUAUGAAAUUCAGUAUGUAGUCAUAAAGGCUGAUGAAAAAAAGUUGUGGUUACUCCAUGAAAGUUAUUAGGUACAUCAAGGUUCAUUUUUAUUUUAUUUGUUUUGCUUUGUUUUUACCUUCAAUGCUUAGGCAAAUCACUAUAACAUACUUUGUGAAAAAUGAAGCUUGUUAUGUUCUUCAUUGUGUUAAGAAUAUAUUGUCAUACUAUUUCAAUAAAUCUUUUCAUUUUUUCACUUACUUGAAAGUGUUUGUUAUUUGGGUUUUUAGAAAAAAGCUACAAUUUUUUUUUUUAAGUUUGUCAAAUGAAAUCCUAAUUAGACUUCUUAGGCCACACGAAGGAGCCCUGGUGGCACAGUAGUUAAGCACUCAGUUGCUAACUGAAAGAUUGGCGGUUUGAACCCACUAGCUGCUUCAUAGGAGAAAAGACCUGUUGAUCUCCUCCAGUAAAGAUCUACAGCCUGGGAAAUCCUGUGGGGCAGUUCUACUCUAUCAUAUAGGGUUACUAUGAGUUGGAAUCUGCUUGAGGGCACCUAAAACCAACAGGCC